AUGAAAGAUGCUUCAGAUAUUGACGGUAGAUACAAUGAUAUGGAAAAUGCUCUUAAAUUACAUCCUGACGGUCAUUUCGUUCAUGCCUUCAUCAUUCCAAACUACGACGAACCUGAACCUUUAUUAAGAGAUACCAUUAAACGAUUGUCUCAACACAGAAAUGCAUCCUCAACAUACGUAAUAAUUUUAGCAAUGGAAGAAUCUGAGCUGAAUUAUGCAUCAAAAGGCUCAAGCUUACAAAAAAAUUUUGAUGGUUACUUUUUAGAUUUCAUCAUCACUGCACAUCCAAAAGAUUUACCGGGUGAGAGCAGAGGCAAAGGAAGUAAUGUUGCUUAUGCUGCUAAAGAAGCUUGUAAACAUUUUGCCAGAAAACAUAUUGAUAAAAGGCGUGUAGUCUUCACGAUAACUGAUUCUGAUUCGGCCAUACCUGAACUUUAUGUAAGACAUGUCGAGAAAGCUCUGACUGAAUCAGAAGAGCCAUAUGCCACCAUCUGCUCUCCACCUAUUUUUUUCUCAAGGAACGCUUUGGAUGUACCGGCUGCUGUUCGUGUAACUGAUAUAAUGUGGUCGAUUAUGGUCAUGCAAAAUCUGAGCAAUCGAAGAGGUUUAGCUUUCCCUUGUUCCACUUAUAGUCUAAGCAUGAUUCUCGCAGAAAAAGUAGGAUUUUGGGAUACAGAUAAAGAUGCAGUUGGAGAAGAUUUACACAUGUGGUUAAAAUGUUUCUUUAAGACAGGCGGUGUGGCCAGAUCAGUACCAAUAUUUGUCCCCAUAAACCUUACAAAUGUACAAACAGCUGGCUAUAUGUCAAAUAUAUACGCACGUUUUGUACAAGCAAAACGUCACUACAAUGGAGUAGCAGAUGUCGCAUAUUCACUGAAAUCAGCAUUUACCGAUCAUCACAACAACGCCACUGCCCAUACCAACAGUAACGGUUAUAAAAAUGGAUAUUUAUUAAAUGAAAAAAAGUUAUCGUCAACAAUAAUACCACACGCACCAAUAAUAUCAAAACCAAUAACGAAAAAGAAUUUAUCAUCAUCGCCAGGAAGACGUUCAUUGUCAUCGUGUCUAAUGUCAUGCUCAUUUAUUGAUAAACUUGAAGUAGUCUUUCACGUAUUGGAAGCUCAUAUGAUACCGUGUACAUCCGGAUGGUUGAUGAUUGCCGCCAUACCUAUAAUACAAUUAAUUUUAGCUUAUUCGACCUUAUUCGAAUAUUAUUUGGGUGUUCAAAACCCACUUCAAACAGAUUUGUUCUAUGCGUCAAUGUUCUCAUUAGUGCAAGUUGUCAGUUUAUUCCUACCAAUACCAUUGCUUCUAUGUGCUAUGAUAUACGAAGGAUUACACAAGAUUAUCGAUGAAGAAUUGUUCAAGAAAACGUCGGAAACAAGAUCAUGGAAGAAUUAUACUGAUUAUGUCUGGUUACCUGUUAGUGCUUUGUUGUUCAUGACUUUACCAAGCACUAUGGCUUGUGUUAAGAGAUUAUCAAGAAAAGAAGAAAAGUAUAUUGUAUCUGAGAAAGAAAUAAAUAAAUAA